AUGAACAGACCAAAAGGACCCUAACCAGAAGGAACAAUUUCUCCAGAAGAAGCUGAAAAAAAAUGGGGUGAUAAAUUUUAUACAUAUACAGGCGUACCAAAAAAAGAUAUGCAAAAGGAAAUAAAUGAACUUGAAGAAAGUUUAGAAAGUGAAAAGAUCAAAGGUUUAAAGAAAUUCGAAGAAAGAUUUGAGCUUAAAAAAAUACAAAUUGCUAAAUCAAAGGAACAUAUAUAUAAGGGAGACGAAAAGGAUAAGAAAAUUCCUGUUGAUGGAGACUUUGUUGAAGGUUCUAGAGUUUUUAUGCAACAUUGCUCAAGUUGUCAUUCAUUAGAAACAAAUAACUAAGGUAGAAAAACUACUGGUCCUGCUUUAGGUUUAAUUUAUGGACGCAGAGCUGGUGCAGAUCCAUAUUAUAACUAUAGCCCAAGCUUAGUUAAAAGUUCUUACGUAUGGACAACACGCAAUUUAUUCUAUUUCUUGCAAAAUCCUCGUACUUUAAUUAGUGGUAAUAAAUGUGAAAUAUUUGGAGGUGGUAUUAAAAGUGAAGAAGAGAGAGCUGAUCUUAUAGAAUUUUUAAAAGUUUAUUCAAAAUAGCUUUCUGAAAAUUUGCGUCAUAAAGCUAAUAAAGUUUAUGGAAAAGAUUAUGUUAAUUAUCACUUACAAACCUAAUUACUUGUUGAAUAAGAGGAAAUGCGUCGUAUCGGUAUUGACGCUGCAAAUGAUGCAAAAAAAAUAUGA